ACGGUGACUGGCUUAGCAAGAACAGUAUGUACAUAUACAUGAGAAAUAUUAGCCAUGUAUGCUCAUUCUUAGUUAAUGCUAACUACGCGUUGGACAAGUUUUAUUUUACCAUUGUCUAUGGUAAGAAUGUAUUGACGAAAAGAUUGUUUUCUUGAUUGGUUAUCGGAACGGUUAUCAAGGAAACAUGGGCACAGGCUCUAGCAGGGUUUCCAACCCUGACACUUCUGUAGAGUCCAUACUAUUUAUACAAGAAUUACGCCGAAUGUCAAAAUACCAAAGAAAAUUGUUUAAAGUGUUAAAGAGAAAAGUUUAUUUAAGACAAGAAUCAUGGGUGAGUUGUAUUUUGAAGCUAGGCCCUAGGCUAAAUUGCACGGCGGGCGGUAUGAUUCUUUGGGAUGCGAUAAUGGAUGGCAAUCCGCUAAUCGCGUCGAUGCUGGUCGAUGCGGGUGCAGAUCUUAACGUGAAGGGACCGGGUAACAUGACCUUGCUUCACACACUGAUGGACGGUAAAGAUCUAUGGCGCCAUCGACUGGCAAUGCACAUGAUGGAACGUGGCGCUGAAGUGAACGCCGAAGACAACAGUGAUAGAUCAGUGCUUCAGUGUGCUAUCGAGCAAAAAGUUCCGAGUUUGCUGAUUCAACAGCUCCUGAGACACGGAGCUCAAGUGUACAGCGUUCACGUUAUGAAAGCGAUCGAGCACCCGAACGCGGACAAACUUAUACCUAUGCUCGUCCGUAAAUUAAGCACUGUGCCAAGCAAGAGCAAGCACGUUUCAGAGUUACUGAGACGCUGUUGCUUUUCGUCACUAUCGGAGGACCGCGUAUUGCCAAUUGUCAAGAAGCUUUUGAAUAAAAACGUACCAGUUUCUAGCAUAGAGGAGAAAAGCAGCACGUUGGUACGAGCCCUGCAGAUGAGCAAGUUUGAAGUAGCGAGAUUACUUCUAGAAUAUGGAUUCGACCCUAACGAGCCAUCGCAGUGUUUUAUAACCCUGGAUCACGGAGGUUCGAUAACUUCGUACGCGAGCUUCUCUACACCGGCUAAAUACGAUGAAUUACCAUUAAGUGUAGCAGCAGGUUCGACAAGAACGGAUAUGGUCGAAUUUCUACUCGAAGCUGGUGCGAAAAUUGAUGCACUGUCUAACUAUGGCACUGCUCUUCAUGCCGCCUGCAAUAAGCAACAUCUAGGAAACAUUCAGUUAUUAUUGCGUUACGGGGCCAACGUCAAUCUUCUCGACAAUAGUAAUCGAACACCGUUUACUGUACUCACAUCGAGUACGUGUCUUGAACAGAUAACCAAACAAUAUCGAUCGUUCAUCAGGUACUUCGUACUUUUACGUGAUAAAAAACAAGUAGUCUCAGAUCAAGAUAUGAAUUACGUGCACUGUCAUUCUGAAAUGCAAACCUAUUUUGAUGACUGUAAGACAGAAUUGGAUACUAUAAAAAAUACAGUUUUAUUGCCUGGCUUUUCCUAUUAUUCCAUUUUUGAAAUGAAUAGGCGAGAAUUAGCCUUCCAGACUAGAAGUCGACAUUUCGUGAAAAAAUAUACUAAUAACCUAACAAGAAAGCUGUUUCCAAAGUAUUAUGACGAGAUCAGAUUUGAAUUUGAGCUUGCUGCAAAGCUUAGAAGGAAACUGAACGUCAUAGAAAAACUCCUUUACAAGCUACUUCUGCCUCGCUUGUCAAAUCUCCCACUGGAAAGAAUUAUCUAUUACUUCUACGUGGAUAGCGAAUUUUAACUUAAUUUAUGUCACUUGACAGAGUGGAGUGUAAUACUUUGACGUAAUCGAAAUUGAAUGUCAUUGUGAUGACAUAUCAAUUAUCAUUCGAACAACAACAGCUAACUUUGAUCUUGUGGCCCGUAAACUAUGGGAUCUAAGGCGGAACUGUCGAUAUUUCACUAUUGAAAUAAUGAAAUAUUUGACUCUGGUUUUUAUGACUGUAGGAUUAUCAUUUUAUUAAUUGGUAGGGAAGAAUCCUCUCUAUUGUUCAAUGCGACAUUUUAUAGAUUGACAGUCAUAAAUGAAAUUUUAUUUAUAAACAAACUGUAAUAAUAACAUAAUCGAACCAUUUAAUCUACAAAAAAUAAAGUAGAUGCUAAUAGAAACACGUCAAUUCUAUUUUUAAUAUAAAUGCAAAGUAUUAACACUCGAUUAUUUGAAUCUUUUCCCAAUAUUUAGAAAAUGUUUAGAAAAAAAAAUUGAGGAUUUUUAAGUUAUAUCAAAACUGAUAUUUACAAUAAGAUUCGAUCUCAGCUGUCGUACUAAUAUAAAUUUUUACUUGUAGUAUUUUUUUUAAAUAAUCGAGAACUCAUGGCUCUUACCCAAAAUAAAUAAGUAUAAUUUAAACGGAAAAUUUGUGAAUGGCAAACUCACGGCGACAUUAUAUAUAAGUGUACUUACUUAAAAUUUGAGAGGGGGUGAGGAGGGGAGCACAGCUGAAAUAAUAACCUAGAAUAGAGCACAGAGAACGCUGAAAUAGUACCUUUUCAAAUUACAGAUAUGAGAUUGAACCUUGUUGUGAAAAGCCUUGCCAUGGGUAUUUAUUUAGACACAUAGGUAAUAAUCUUAUUUUGAAAAAAGUACUUUUUUAUGUAAUUUUGGAUGAAAUAUUUGUUAAGGUAAGGUGAUUGAUGAUAGAUAGGCUAUUUAAUAGAAUAGUUGAUAGUAAUCACAAAACGAGACAAUUGUGCUUGAAAAAUAAUGAUUUCUCAGGUUCUUUUCGAAUUUCAGAGCCGUUUUAUAAGAUAUUUUCU